GAGAAGUCUGUCAUUGUUUGCUCUCACGAACCUUACAAGCGUGACGGGAGUCAAUUUGUAGUGUACAAAUCUCGAUAUCAUCGUCCAUCGCCCACAAAGUUACACAGCCAUCUACUCUCGAUACAGGUACCUAGCUCAGGUCCAUCUCGAUAUAUCUACCAAACAUCUCUGUCUGUUGCUCAAGACGACUUGACAGGAAGAAGGGUGAAACUGGAUCUCCGCAACACGUCGCCAUGGCCGCCUCAGCCCCCAUCGAAAAAACAAUAUACGUUGGCCCCUUUGUCCACAGCACAUCCCUCAGCACACUCGAAAUCCAAUCACAUGGUGCAAUCGGCGUCGACACAUCUGGCAUAAUCCAGUUUGUAGAGAGAAACUUCACCUCCCUGCCAGACCUUCUUGUAUCGUCUUCCUAUUCGGACUGGCAAAAUGCCAAAAUCGUUUCAAUAUCCGGUGAAACAGGCUUCUUCUUCCCCGGCUUCAUAGACACCCACGUACACGCGCCCCAACAUCCGAACACGGGCCUAUUCGGCAAAACGACACUGCUUGAUUGGUUGCAAAAGUACACGUUUCCCAUGGAAUCAUCUUUUGCUGACGUAGCAGUCGCGCAGCGCGUGUAUCGGAAUUUUGUGUCUAGGACGCUGUCACACGGGACUACGACAGCGGCGUACUUUGCCACUAUUCACGUACCUGCAACCAACACUCUGGCCGACAUAUGUCUGAAGAGGGGUCAGAGGGCGCUGGUAGGCCGAGUAUGCAUGAAUAGCGAUUUAAGCCCAGAGUACUACCGCGACGAGAGUGCGGAGGCGAGUUACGACAAAAGUAAAGCUAGCAUCGAGUACAUACGCAGCAUCGACCCCGACGGCGACAUUGUAAAACCAAUCAUCACGCCGCGAUUUGCGCCGUCGUGUACAAAAGAGUGUCUGAGCAACAUGGGCAGGCUAGCACAAGAAACAGGUGCGCAUGUGCAGACGCACAUUUCGGAGAACAAGGGCGAGAUUGAGUUGGUGAAGGCUUUGUUCCCAGAGGAAAAUUCGUAUACACAUGUUUACGAUACGCAUGCGCUGCUUACUGAUAAGACAAUCUUGGCACACGCGGUUCAUCUCUCGCAGGAGGAGCGCGACUUGAUUCUAGAGAGAAAGAGCAAGAUUAGUCACUGUCCGGCGUCGAAUACGGCGAUUACGUCGGGUUGCGCGCCUAUUCGCUCUUUGCUUGACGAGGGCCACACGGUUGGUUUAGGUACGGAUGUCAGCGGCGGGUUCUCCCCUUCCAUCCUGGAAAAUGUACGUCAGGCUAUUUGGGUCUCGCGUCAUUUUUGCAUUCAGACGGAUUGCGAUGCGGCAAAGCUGUCUACAGAGGAAGCUUUGUACCUCGCUACUCGAGGUGGUGCCGCGGUUGUAGGCCUAGAGGAUAAAGUAGGAGGGUUCGAAGUGGGCAAAGAGUGGGAUGCGCAGAUGAUCAAUCUCGGUUCGGUCAACGAGGACGGUUGCGAUGAUGGUGCGUUUCAGGCAGGUCUUGUAGAUGUCUUUGGUUGGGAGAGCUGGCCGGAUAAGGUAGAGAAGUGGGUGUAUAGCGGGGAUGACCGGAAUACGGUUGCAGUGUGGGUUAGGGGUCGGCUGGUACAUAAGACGAGGGGUUAUGCAGGGGAGCAGUGAGCGAUGCCGCUUUUGAGCGGGGGUCAUCUACGUUGUAAAUACGAUACAAUGGCAUUUUAUCUAGAGAAGCGUUGAAGAAUACACUGGAUUUUCUGG